ACGCACAAAUCCUGAUUCUGGCGACCAAGGCACGUCUGAAAUGCGGAUAGCCUGUCUGUCGUCUCGUCCUCUCGGCAAUGCGCAAUUUAGGAGUCGCUUUUCGCGCGAGCACCUUCCGCGCAAGCACCAUGCGCUCUCCUCAGUUGCCUUCCGCAGCCGGCGGUAGUCAGCGCAAUUCGGCUUCGGUAGCGGGAAUGGCGACGAUUAACGCGACGGCUAGUGUCGCAGGGCGGUCGCAUGGCAGAAGUGUGCUUCAGCCUGGACGGUUUCCGACUCAACAAGAGCUUCUUCGCUUCCCAGAUAAGCUCAUCAGAGACAUCGCUUUUGUUGCCUUCUGCCCGCCGCUGCUGCUCUCGUCCAACCAGCUACCAACAGUGGACCCACACGCAUUCGCCCAGACCUCUUCCCUCCUGAUGCCUAACAGCCCGGAUCACUCCAGUCCAAGCAAUUAUCCGCACCAUGAGGCAUGUGACAAUAGCGAGAGGGAGGGCCAACAGGCGCUCUUGGCCUGGCUGGAGUCCCUGGAUGGAGGACACGUGGCAGCAUGGUUCAGGCAGAAGAAACAGAGCGCCCGAUUGGGCGACCACUAUGCUCUUUGCAUUCUCUUCGCCCUCACGUUCGGCCCGAGCCUCAAGCCUCGGGGCCUCCGAACCUCUGUCCAAGUUCACGUUUCAGAGGUUCGGGGGAAGCCCACCCGGCUUAUCUUCCCCGAACCAGAUCAAACCCUCCCCGAAGCAGACACAUCAGCUGACGGCGGCCUAUCCGAACCUGACCCCCCCGAACCCAACAUGCCAGACUCCUCCACCUUGUUGAAGCAGAGUCCAGACCAGCCGAACUUACCGAGCCUAGAGGGCUUCAGCGUGCCGAGCCUGGAGCUGGCUCCGGCUCGGCCAGAGCUAGACUUUCCGGAGCUGAGGCAGAUGGGCAGACGGGCUCGGAAGCGAUUCCUGCGCGAGUCGAGGGAGAGGAAGGGGCGGAUUCAGACCAUGGGGGAGUUUGAUGUGCUCUUCACCCUGCCGCCUCCCUCCCUCCCUCCUCACUCACCCUCUCCUCCUCCUCCCUCUCUUCCUCACUUGCUCUCUCCUCCUCCCCUUUCUCCUCCUGAUUCCAAGUCGCCUGGUUUAUGUUGCAAGAGAGUUUUAGAGGGUGGUGCAACUGCUGCUGCUGAUGAUUGUGCAGCAGCAGCAGCAGCAGCAGCACCACCACCACCACCACCACCAUCACCACCACCCAUCACCACCACCACCACCAGUAGCAGCAGCACCACUAUCAGUGGUAGCAGCAGCAGCAGCAGCAGCAGCAGCAGCGGCAGUGAAGCAGCACCUGACUGGCUGCUGGGGCAGUACCUGGGCCCCCACGUGGGGGAGUCCCUCCGCGACCGGAAGGAGCGGCUUAGCCGACAACUGCUGCUGGGCAAACACGGUUAUGGGGCUCAGCUUAUAACGAGGAUGUAUGGAGUUGAGGGUACUGGGGGGGCGGCAAUGGAAAAUGAAGGGAGUAGGGAGAGUUGUGGGGUGGAUGGGAUUACAGAGAGCUGUGGAGGGAAAGAGAUAUUAUCCUCGUUACAAGCAGCAGCGCUGUUACAAGGGUACUUGUUCUAUGAGUACCCCCUGUGGCUGAAACUGAGAGAGAUGGAGGAGGGCUGGAGAGAGAGAGGCGCCAAAUUUGGGACCGUUGCUACCAGGGGCGAUUCUGAGAUAGGGGGUAGAGCAGUAGCAGCAUCAGCAGCAGCAGGAAGAACAGCAGCAGCAGCAGGAGACACAGCAGCAGCAGCAGCAGGCACAGGAGCACCAGCAUCAGGAGCAGCAUUUUAUGGAGAAUGUGCCGUGUUCCCCUGGCACUGGUACGGGUGGUGGACGCAUGAUGCUGCAGCCAUGGUGCAGCUGCCCAAGCAUGCCCACUCCCGCUGGUACAUCAUGCCCAAAGACGAAUGGCUCUCGCCUGUGCUGGUCCCAGAUGAGACACCCCCCUGUCUAUUGCCUCCAGAUACCACCUCCCCUGGAACCCACCUAGAUGCUGCCUGUGCAAGUGCUGACCUGGACGCUACCUUCCCCGAAGCCCACCAAGAAGCAACCUGCUCUGGUGCUGAUGACCUAGGUGCCUGCUUCCAGUCUUGCCCGGAUGGAAUUGCAACGCCAUUGACAGGAAACCUUUUGCUUCAAGUUAUUUACAAGUGCUCCGAAGAGGCUCGGUUGAGGAAUCUUCCCAGGAAGCUCCGUUUCUUGGUUGCUGAGCUGGAGUGGGACUCACGGUAUCAGUUUCAGGAGGAGACGAAUGGUGAAUGCGUGAUAGCGAUGGAAGUGAGGGGCUUGAGCAUUGUGAUAGGAAGGGAGCUUGGGUUGAGGCUAGCAGGGGAUUUAUUGUUGAGAAGGGUUGGCCUGAUAGUCGAAACCAUCCUCCACAUGGAUUCUUUGUAAUGUGCCCGUGCUACCCCGUUGCCC